CACCUUUCACUUUCACUCUUUGUCUCACCAAACAAGAAAACCCCACCGUUCAUCUUCUUCGAAAACUCAAAAAUCAACCGUCGUGCUUGAAAUCUGUUUACAAAUCAUUGAGAAUGGCGCCUAAAACUCAGAAAAGGAAACCCGCAACGAAAAGAACUGAUAAGUCGGAAGUGGAAAUUAUGUCGGAACCUUAUCACAACAUGGUUGCCUAUCUAGAUCCGGAAGACAAGCUGAUUGAAUACAAAGGGAUUACGAAGUGGUUACGAGAAUCAAGGAUUAACCAUGCCAUUACUCAUCAAACUACCGUGUACAAGUCCUUGAUAAAAGCCUUAUGGGAUUCGGCGGAGGUUGUUGAAAUUGAUGGAACAGUGGUGAUAAGAGGACGUGUUAACGAUCAAGACGUUGUUGUUUCUGUCGAGAUCCUUAACACAGUGUUACAACUUGGUGAUGAUCCUGAAGCUUCCUAUUCGGUGCCGCUAAAGUGUCAAAGAGGUUGUCUUCUACGUAUGAAAUGUGUUGGAGAUAUUCUGCGAAAUCAGCUGAAUAAGGCAUCUUUAUCGCUCCGUUACAUGUUCUGA